CCAACUAAACCAACAUACCCAACAUACCCAACAAACCCAACAAACGCAACCAGACCAACAAACCCAACCAAACCAACUGAGUCUACCACUUUAACUACGUCGGGAAUAACUAUGAGCUCACAAGAACCUGACACUGAUUACCCAAUCACAUCCACUACCCCUGAUGAUUGUGAUGGAGAAACAUCGACUUCCACAGAACAGCCCACUUCCACAACAACAGAUGACUGCGAGUCUGGAGAAGUGACAAAUACUUUGGUUCCUAUUACGGGAACAAGCGAUGAACCAACGUCAACAACAGUCAAUACAACUUGGGUACCUGUGACAGUGCCAACAACUGUCAAAACUACGGGGAUCCCAGUUACCGUUGAGCCUAGUAAAUCAACUGAAGUGUCAAAUGCAACUUCCAGAAAGCCCACAAUAAAGCCAAGGCUAUGCUUUUGGCCUUGGUGCUAGGAAAGAAUAUGAUUUCAGAAAUUAUCAAGAUUUAAGAUUCAACAAUGAUUUUUCGUCGUUUAUUUUAUUAUUACAUUAACAUGUACUUAUAUUUAUUUUGUCACAGUAGAAACAAUAAUUUGAAUUAAAAUAUUUAAUUAUUAGAUUUAAGUUUAACUUAU